ACAUUUAAAAACCUCAAACGCUUUAUAGCGUCAAGUUAAUUUUGUGCCCUUUUGAGGUUUUUCGUUAAAAGAUUCAAAUAUUGUUUUUAAAAUCAACUUACUGUUUAUUCUACAUUAAAAUGUGAUUUAAAAAGAAUUGUUAACAGAAACGGACACUAAUAAUCAUAUCACCGUUACAUGACAAUCGUCACAUAGUUCAUCUACAUUAAUAGGUUGCAACGAGGUUGCUCAUUUGUUUUUUCAAUUUUAUUCAAACGGUCCGAUGGCAUCAAAAUCAGUGAACGAAAGGGGUAAUGCUAAACCAAGAUUAUCCAAGCCAGAACGGCCAAUGAGAAGACGUACACGUGAAAUAGAUAUAAAUUAUACAAAGAUUCGUCUAAAGACAAAUGAAGUAUUAGAAAUUUACAAAUUACACUUAGAAAACUCUGCUUCAUUAUUUGCGCCAUAUUCAGGACGUUCCAUACCCGUAACUAAACCAAUCUAUGUAAGCGAAGACAGAGACGCAUGCUUGUAUGCACACAACAAACUUCGAUCAUAUCAUGGUGUACCCACAUUAGAAUGGGAUCAUAGAUUGGCUAAAGAUGCGAAGAAUUGGGCUAUUUACUUGAUGGAGACUGGCUUCUUUGAUCAUGAUAGCUGUUAUCCAGAUGGGGAAAACCUAUACGAAAUGCCAUGGGACACAACGUUCAAACGCGCAUAUGAUGCUGUUUUUGAAUUCUAUAACGAGAUACACAGCUACGAUUUUGCACACCCUGCACUUUACGAAAACGACGAAAACAAGUUUGAAAAAAUUGGUCACUUUUCACAACUGAUCUGGAAAGACACAAAGAAAGUAGGAUGUUGCUUAGCCUACGACAAAGCAUCAACAAGAACAGUAAUUGUUUGCAGAUAUAAUGUUGGUCAAGGAUAUGACUUUAUUAACGAAAUCAAACCACAAAUUAAGAAUAGCAACGGAGGUCUUUACGUUCCUCAACUAAAAGAUUUGAUCUGUGAGAAUGACGUAAAACCAACUUUAAUUGGAGUUAGUCAUUACUGUAUGUAAAAUGUCAACAUGGAAUAAAGAAUUAAACCAAG